GAGAGAGAGAGAGAGAGAGAGACGUGGUAGGCUAAAGUGCUUUGCUUGAAUCCACGCGAGUUGUUAUCCGUCAGAAUCGGGUCGACGACGCGCGCCCGAAGUGUCUACGACAUCCUAACCUGCAAGGGGAAAGGAGGUGGAGGAAGUGUCGGUAGAAGUGGAGGAGGAGGUAGAGCAUCAUCUUGGUCGCAUCGGGUCAGCUGCAUCGAGUGCCGUCGUGUGACCGCGAGCUCUCCUCCUUACAAAGGAUCCGCCUUCCUCUAGCCUUGGAUAACGAAGAGAAAGGCCGUGGGAAGGAGGGUUAUGCGGAAGCUCAGCAAGUGCUUCCCCAACGGGACAACGAUGCAAUGCUACGGUCGCAGCCUGUGAGUCCUGACACGGUGAUCGCUACGAGGAUGGCGGAGGAGUUACUGCCAGCCAGCCUGGAGAAGCUCGAGAUAGACUGCUGGCUCUCCCCUGGCUGCUGUCACUCGAAGGGUGUUAGUAAGCUUCGGCGACGAUCCAUGCCAAACACAUCGAUACAGCCUGUUGAGAGCCCUAGGGGCAUAAAAACUACAACGAACUUCAAACCAUCCAAAAAGGAUGAAAGGAGAGGUUUUCUGGCACUUGACAAACCCAAGAAACACUCCAUAAUCCGAGAGGCUGUUCUCAAACUUCGCAAUUCUGAUCCCACUUGCCUGAGUGAUAAUUUGGCAAGUACACUUCUUGAAGAGGCUUGUAAGCUCAGUAUUUCUCAUAAGAACAAGACAUUUGGUCAUGGCUCAGUUACAAAAGACUUUAAAUCUCUUAACAUUAGCCAAACGAUUAGACAGGCUAAGGAUGACACCAGCAUCACUGAGAACUAUCAGACACACAGCUUUCAACGAGCUCGAAGCAACACCAUGCCAAGCCUAAAAAGAUUGACUUGUCAGAUGGAAAAUCCACAAAACCCGCUUAACAGUGGACAGCAGCAGUCUUCGAGUUCAAAUACCUGUUCGGUGCAAGCACGAAUAUCACCGCCACCUUGCGACGUGACCAUCGAUGAACUUGCUAGUUAUUUUGAAGAAUUUGUUCAUAUUCCAAAGAAAAUGUCGCACAUGGCUGAAAUGAUGUACAUUUAAAUAUGUUCUCUAUUGAGUGCUUUUUCAUUGGAAACUAAACUUCACAAGUUCUUUUUUAAUUUUAGUGCAUUGCUAAAUCCUUCAAAAGUUUACCGGCGUUAUUGUUAUUAUUAUU